CCCUGGUCAAGCUACCCAACUGCAGAAACGCACCAGCAAGGGCUUGAUCUUUACAAAGACUGUUCUUGUGAAGCUCCCUGCAGAAAUUCAACCCCACACGAUGUCCGACACCGGUGGCUGGAGCACUAUCGAGUCCGACGAGGGCCUAUUCACCUCUCUCGUCGAGACCCUUGGCGUACAAAACGUCCAAUUCGAAGAGCUCAUCUCCCUAGACGCGGACACAAUACGAUCUCUUGGAUCCGUUUACGGUGUAAUCUUCCUUUUCAAAUGGACCCGUGAAGCAGCCGGCGCACGCGCCGAAGCUCCCCUCGAUGGCAGCUAUGACCCAACCGCCGCAGAGAACAACGUCUUCUUCGCCGCGCAAACGAUCCAAAACGCCUGCGGCACCCAAGCCAUCCUCUCCGUAAUCCUGAACCACGAUAACCCACCUCAGCCCCUCCCACCAAUCACCCUCGGAGACGAGCUACGCUCCUUCAAAGAGUUCACCACGGGAUUCACACCCGAACUGCGCGGGGAAGCCCUCUCAAACUCCGAAGUAAUCCGCACCGCACACAACACGUUCGCUCGCGCGAGCCCAUUCGCCGACGAAACCUCCCGUCCUCAGGAUGAGGAGAAUGCCGCAGAUGUGUAUCACUUUAUUGCGUAUACGCCCGUCAAUGGCACGCUCUACGAGCUAGACGGUCUGCAACCACACCCCAUCAGCCACGGUGCGUGCGACCCGUCCACGUUCCCAGAGAAGGUGAUUGAGGUGCUGCAGCGGCGUAUUGCGCGUUAUCCACCUGAGGAGACGCAUUUCAAUCUCAUGGCGGUGGUGAAGGACCCCCGCCCUCGGGCGCGGGAGAUUGGAGAUGUGGAGACGUUGGAGCGUGAGGAGCGGAAGAGGGCUGCGUGGGCGUGGGAGAAUACGUUGCGCCGGUGGAACUUUGUUGGAUUUAUUGGGGAGAUGAUGAAGGGGGUGGUCGGGAUGAAGGAGAGCCAGGACGGGAAUGGGAAGGCGUAUGAGGAGUGGGUUGAUGCGGCGAAGAAGGCGACGAGGAAGAAGUUGGAGAUGCGGCGGUAAUUCGCUGUUUUCGACUUCCUUCUGGCUUUUGAGAUCUAAAUAUUUGGAAAUUAGAGUGUUGCGAAAGUGGCCACUUACCUACUGCAUGUCCAUGCUUGGUGGACUGGCCUUUUUGAUGCGAUAUGAAUCCGCAUUCAGGAUGGAUAUAUACGGAACUCUUGUCUUAUUGAAUGAGAUACCCCUUUGGUGAUGAUAGAAA